GUGGUGCCCGGAAGCCGCAGCGGUCCACGAUGAGCCUCCUGACACAGAAUGUGAGGGAGCUGAUGAAGGCGAUGACCCGUGUCCCCGGUUUUGAUAGAGUUUUGGAAAAGGUGACUCUGGUGUCUGCUGCCCCUGGGAAAGUGGUUUGUGAAAUGAAAGUAGAAGACGACCACACCAAUAAAUAUGGCACUCUCCAUGGUGGUCUGACGGCCACCUUAGUGGAUAAUGUAUCAACAAUGGCUCUGCUGUGCACUGAAUGGGGGGCACCAGGAGUCAGUGUAGAUAUGAACAUCACGUACAUGUCACCUGCUAAAAUAGGAGAAGACAUAGUAAUAACAGCGCAUGUUCUGAAGCAAGGGAAAACACUUGCAUUUGCCUCUGUGGAUCUGAUGAACAAGACCACGGGAAAAUUAGUAGCACAAGGCAGACACACAAAACACCUGGGAAACCAAGCCCAGCAGCUUGGCCGAGACACCCAACAAUAAAGACCAAGCGUAAAUUUGACUUGAACAAAUGUAACUUUCAAAAUAAAUUAGCACAACCAGAAAUAGUUAUUUUCUUUGGGGAAAAUGACAUAGGAACCAAGUAGGACAUAGGAUGGGACUGUCUCUAUUUGUGAUUUUAAACCUCUUCAGUUUGUAAUGUUAUACAGAUGAUACUUGGACCAAAAAAAUUCUUAGCUGAAAGGGUUUCUGAAAACUUAGGUAAAGCGAAGCCAGCAAGACCAUUUUGAGAUGAGAUUAAAGUCCAGUAUUAAGCUAUGAGAGAUAUAGGAAGCAAUUUUAAAUUUGGAAACACUAUCCACAGUUAAAUGCUAAUUUAUCCUUUGCUUGUCAUGCUGCUCUCUGCUCAGAGGACAGAAGUAGACCUCCCAGUAGCAGUGAGCACACAGGGCGGGCACCCAGUUUUUAACUUCUAGUAUUUCCCUCUAAAAGGAACCUGGGCUUCUUGGAGAAAAACAGCUGAUUUCAGGACUGGGAGGCUGGGAUAGGGAAACUGACGUUAACAUAUCUUGUGCUUGAAAGUAAGCCAAGUGUUCAAGAAAAUGGUUUAAGAGGAUGCAAACUCUGCAGCACUGAGAAAAAGAAAUUGUUCUAUCACAUUAUCAGUGAGGUAGAUAACACGUGGCAGAGACAGGAGGGCUCCUCAUGACAGAAUGCUGCUCAGUGUGGAGGGGAGGGGUAGAUAUUACCAUUUUGCAGCUGUCAUGUGAUUACAGCAGGGGCGUCUGGGUGACUCAGACGGUUAAGCGUCUGCCUUUGGCUCAGGUCAUGAUUCCAGGGUCCUGGAUCGAGUCCCCCCUCCCCAGCAGGGAGCCUGCUUCUCCCUCUGCCUGCUGCUUUCCCUGCUUGUACUCUGUCAAAAAUAAAAUCUUAAAAAAAAAAAAAAAAAAAGAUUGGUUACGGCAAAAAUCAGAAAUCAUCAGUGGUGCUUCUGAUAAAGAGCAGGACAUGUUCAUGUUGUUUCCCAGAUUGCUUCUUAAUUGCAAGGAGAAAAAUUGUAACUAUACAAUGCAGAAACAGGACACCACUUUGACCAAUCAAAAUUAACAUCAACCAAGAGCAAAGUGACAGUGCAUUUCUGGAUAUUAACUGGAAAGAGUGAGGUCACUUGAAUUGGGUACUGGCCAGAGUGCAUAAUCCCAAAUUUAACCAUGAAGAAACAUCAUUCAAAUGCAAAAUGAGGAACUUUCUAUUUUAAAACAUUAAGCCUACUUUUAAAAAAUGUCAAGGUCAGGGGCGCCUGGGUGGCUGAGUUGGUUAAGCAUCUGCCUUCGGCUCAGGUCGUGAUCCUCGAGUCCCGGGAUCAAGUCCCACAUCCGGCUCCUUGCUCAGCAGAGAGCCUGCUGCUCCCCCUGCUUGUGCUUUCACUCAGUCUGUCAUCUUAAAAAAAGUCAUUAAAGGCCAGUUAAGAGACUAGAGAUUUGACAACUAAAUGCAAGGGUCCUGUAGUGAAUGGUAGGGGAUUUAAAACACACAGGAUAUUAGGAUAGAACCUGAGAAUAUUAGGACAAUUAACAGAACUGGAGUAUGGACGACAGAUGAAGGUGUAUCAGUGUUAAUUUCCUGAAUCUGGUAACUUUACUGUGGUUAUGCAAGAAUAUCCUUGUACUUGGGACAUAUGCUAAGUGCUAGGGGGUAAGGAGUAAAAAUGUAUGCAUGACCUAUGUACCAAACUCUCAAUGGUUCAGAAUAAAUGUAUAAAUAUAUGUAGAAAAAAGUAGGGGGAAAAUGUGGCUAAGACAUGGGUAAAGGUUAUACAGGAGCUUUCUAUUACAACUUCUCUAAAUUUAUUCUAAAAUAAAAACCAAGGGCUGCUAAAGUGCCUGCCUGAGUAACUCCAGCAAGUAUAAUUCAAUACAGUAGAACAGUUAAGAGCUUAGAUUCUACAGAGCCAGCCAGCCUGGUCUUAAAUCCCUCCCUGCUCUGGAUGUGAGCUUGGGCAAGUUAACUAAACCUCUGUAACUCUCUCCACUCGUAAGACCAGAGUUUUGAACAGGAACUGCCCAUGAUAAACAUUCACAGGCAUUGGUUCAAAAAGAUUCUAAUUUUCAAUUGAUGAGAAAACAUGUGAAAGCCUUUUGAAAUAAAUAACAUUUUUUUCUGAGGCACCAGUCUGGCUCAGUCAGUGAAGCCUGUGAUUCUUGAUCUUGGGGUUGUGAGCUCGAGCCCCACCUUGGGUGUGGAGCCUACAAAAUCUCUUUCUUUUCCAUGAGGCAGGGAACAAGCCAACCUGCUGUUAAAGCUGACAAAACGUCUGAUUCCUAUUCCUAAAAUUACAAACGCGUCUGCCAUUUUUUGUCCUUCUGAAUUGGCCGUUUAACUAUGGACCCCCACGGUCCUCAGUAACACCUACCCAUUGACUUGGAAAAAAAAGUUACCACAUCAAGUUUUGUGUAUUCACCUGAAAAGUCAGGGAACUUUCACCUAUUUUAUUUAGGUUUUCAUUUUUUCAAAUUCCAACCAGAAGCUAAAUACAAUUGGAAACCAGUAAGCACUAAGUUUUACUCCAAAGGAGUAGGAUCAUUCAGAUUUACUCCAUAAAAGUAUGCAACCCUUAAGCAAAGCUUUUCUUCAUUAAAAAGAAAAAAAAACAAAACAAAACCCAAAAACCUAUACAGUAGUCUUUCCUUAUGUUCAUUGCACAAAAUGAGUUCUGCUUUUAGAGCUCUGACACUCAAUGGUUUAACAAUUUUAGAUCCCAACUUCAGUAACUUUUUUCUACUCGAAAAAACCCUCAUAAGUGUUCCUUUAGGAUGGUGUAGAAACCAGUAUUUCUGCACAAUUCACUGGAUUUUCUUUCUUUGUAAUAAAAAUCUCUUCUCUUUAAAACCAAAAAACAAAAACCAAAAAGGAAAGUCCUCUACCUAUCAUGGUUUCUGCAGCUAUGAAUGUAUUUCUCAGUUUUAUAGCUGCUUUAGCUACUUCAGACUCCAGAUCUGCUUUAAUGUGUAUAAACUGUAUCCACAUUCAGCAGAAUACUCUUGUAACAGCAACUUGGGGAAAGAGAUCUGGAAAUAAAACACAUACAUUUAAUGAGUACCAGGAAACAAAUAUGGCCCAGUAAAACAUGAGGCAAGAAUGCCUACAAUGAGAUGCUUUUUUUUCCCCCAUUUAAGAUUUCUUUCCCGUGGUUGUAUAUCUAUGUAUUUUUUUUUAAACAACCACUUCUGAUCAUCAGAGUGAAUCUGAGAGUGCUCUGGAACAACGGUGAUUACAGCAAAGCUAUUAAAGUUUUUUUAAAUGUUAUUUAUACCUUUUACAUUCACUUCUCACCCUCUAAAUACUGACAGAUGUCAAAGAGGCAAAAACCAGCACAAAUGGAAAGACCAUCAAAAAUGAGUAUCACCUUGUGCUUUCAGAUACAUUUAAGCAUUUCAGUGAACAAUAGUCCUUUCAUUUCACAUUUUUAGUAAGAUGCUAAUGCAGUGCAGCAAAUAUGCAAAGCAUCUUCUUUCACACAGUCCGUGCAGAAGACACCUAAUUUUUUAAGUUCUGAGACACAAAUAAUUAAAAAAAAAAAAAAAAAAAA